CCCCGGGCGGCAGCAGCAGCGCAGAGCCCGGGCCCUGCCCGCCCCGGCCGGAGGAGCGCCGUCCGUCAGCUGCAGCCGGCUUCGGCAAAUCCAAGGCAUCCUGACGCAGAGCGGCAGAUCUCAGCCCGACGGGAUCCUCUGCAUUUUAGGAAUCGACAGCCGCUACAAUGAAGGCUGCAGGGAACUGGCCAAUUACCUCCUCUUUGGACUGUACAACCAGAACCACGCCGAUCUGGAACGGACGGGGUUUUCCGAAGACAUCCUGGAUGACGUCGUCAUCUUGAUAAAACCAGACAGCGUCCACCUCUACUGCAACCCUGUCAAUUACCGGCACCUCUUACCCUACGUGGCGUUUUGGAGGAAUCUGCAUUUCCACUGCAUGACGGAAAGCGAGUACGAAGAUGAAGAAGCCGCUGAGGAGUUCAAAAUCACCAGCUUCGUGGACAUGGUUCGAGACUGCAGCCGCAUCGGCAUCCCUUACAGCUCCCAAGGGCACCUGCAGAUGUUCGAUAUGUUCAUCGUGGAGAAGUGGCCCAUCGUACAGGCGUUUGCGCUGGAGGGCAUCGGCGGGGACGGCUUUUUCACCAUGAAGUAUGAGUUGCAGGAUGUGAGCGUGGACCUGUGGAAAACCUACAGCAAGAUGGACCCCGUGUCCCUGGAGGGCUUGCUCUGUGAGGAUUUAAGGUCUUUCGAACACCAGUGGACCAGCUUCUUCGCUAACUUCGACACCGAGAUCCCUUUCAUCCUGGAGCUGUCCGAGUCGCAGGCGGGCGAGCCGUUCCGAAGUUACUUCAGCCACGGGAUGAUCUCCAGCCACAUCACCGACAACAGCCCGAGCAGGCAGCCGUUCGUCCUCUUCGGAAACCACUCCACGCGAGACAACCUCAAUUCGGGCAACUUUAACUUCCCCUCCGAAGGCCACCUCGUUCGCAACACCGGGCCGGGAGGCAGCACGGCCAAGCACAUGGUGGUGCAGUGCGUCUCUCCCAAGGGGCCCCUGGCCUGCUCCCGGACCUAUUUCUUUGGCGCCACUCACGUCCCGGAUCUCGGCACUGACAGCAUCCUGCCCAAGAAGAGCAAACCUGUGCUUUUGUCCCAAGUCUACGCCGCCGUGGUGGAGGCCGUUAUGGCCGGCAUUGCUCGCUAUGCUCAAACUUUCAGCGCCACCAAGGCGAAGGAAACGGCCGAGCGAGUGUUCCUAGGUGGGCUGGAUUCUUUCGACCUGACGCAUUUCAAGUCGGUGCUGUGCUCCAAGAUAUCCUUCCAGAUCCAAGCAGCGAAUAACCAGGGACGGACGGUGCCCCUGGACAGCGAAGAUAGCGUUCACUUUGUGAAAACGGCGGGCAUGGCCGUGUACGACAUCCCCGACUUGCCGGGAGGAAGGGGCUCCCUGGGUUCCGUCGUCUUCUCGGAGUCGUUCCUCACCUCCCGGUUGGCCGUCAGAGAGAAGGAUGGCAGUAUCACUCCAGACACCAGCCAUGUCAUCCUGACCGAAGCGAUUCCCAGAUACUGCUCUUGGCUGGUUGAAGAUAAUGAAGUGAAGCUCUCCGAGAAAGCGCAACAAGCAGUAAAGGCCGAUGAAUCUUUCCUGGGCACCCCCCUGACUGGCGGAGAAGGAGCUUACAUCUACUCGAGUAAUGCACACGCCUGGCCCGAGGAAGGGAAAGUCCACUUCCUCUCGGACGGCUUGCUGUUUUCUCACCGUCGCCACGGCAGCAUCCCAGUGCCCAAGAGUCAAAUGAACGCCAUCCGAUUCUACGACGGGGACUCCACCAGCGUGGUGGCCGCCCUGUUCAUAGACUUCAAAAGCUCCUUGCUUCCUCAUCUGCCGGUCCAGUUCCACGGCCCCGACGGUUUUCUGAUGAUCGCGCUGCUCCCCAAAACCAGGAUUUACAAAGCGUUUUACUCCCAGGUGUACUCCCCCUGGCAGCAGCAGGCCGGCUCAGGACCCUCUCUUAAAGCGAUCCAGGAAGACGGAUUAUCGGCGGAACAAAAAAGAUUACACUCCAAUAUGCAGCAGCUAUUUACCGCCUGGGCCUACCCUGUCGGAGAAAGAUGGAAUCAACUGAAACUCAUAUCGGCUAAUCUCCCCACGCUGGACAGAUUUCUCCGGCACUUUGCCGUCAGCAGCGUGAGUCCCGAGCCAGUAAUGAGAACUCAUCUUCCCGUGGUCUUGCAGCAGCAGUCGGAACUCCUCCCCGCUCACCGAGACGCGGACGACAAGGUGACCAUCAGCGUCCUCACCGGCCUCCCGGGGUGCCACGCCAGUGACCUCUGCACGUUCCUGGUGUCUUUCCACAAGGAAGAAGGGAGGUGGAUGAUCUACCGGCAGACCAUGGACAGCUCGGAGUGCUUCGGCGCCGCCCACUUCCAGCGCUACCUGACCAGCGCCCUGGAGGCCCAGCGGAACUGCGGAGUGCGCCAGGCCGCCUACGCCUGCAGGAAGACCAGGCUCCUCGUGGUCUUGCAAGGCUACACCGACCCUAUCGACGUGGUCCAGGCGCUCCAGACCCAUCCGGACCCAGACGUCAAAGCCACCUUCAUCAUCGGCAACAUCACCGCCUGCGUGGAGCCCCUCAGCUGCUACAUGGAGCACAGAUUUCUCUUUCCUAAAUUCCUCGAUCAAUGUUCACAAGGCCUGGUCAGCAACGUCGUCUUCACGAGCCACACGCUGGAGCAGAGACACCCGCUCCUUGGGCAGCUCCAGAGCCUCAUCCGGGCAGCCAAUCCCGCAACGGCGUUCAUCCUGGCCGAGAACGGGAUAGUGACCAGGAACGAAGACGUGGAGCUGAUCCUCUCCAAAAACAGCUUUGCGAAUCCUCAGAUGCUGAGAACCCGCUACUUAAUGUUUCCCGGUUGGUUCGAAGGGAAGUUUGGAGCCGGGGCCGUGUUCCCCCCGAUGGUCCAGAUCUGCGUGUGGUUCUGCCGACCCCUGGAGAAAUCUCGAUUUGUAGCCAAGUGCCAAGCCCUCAAGUCUUCAAUAAGCCAGAGUCCUUUCUCAGGAAACAUCUACCACAUCCUGGGCAGAGUGAAGUUUUCAGACUCGGAGAAGCAGCUGGAGGUCUGCCACAACACACUCGCCAAUUCCCUGAGCCUCGUGCCCAUCCAAGAGGGGCCCACCCCGCCCAGCGAUUCCAGAUCCGAGAGCCGCGAUCGCACCGGCCAGCAGGAGUGUCACCUCGUCUUCAUCGGCUGCUCCCUGAAAGAGGACACGGUGAAAGACUGGCUGCGGCAGACGGCGAAGCAGAAGCCGCAGAGAAAAGCUCUGAAAACCCGGGGGAUGCUGACGGUGCAGGAGAUCAGGAACAUCCACGUGAAGCAUCACCUGGACCCUCUCCCAGCUGGUUAUUUCUACAACGGAACCCAGUUUGUGAAUUUCUUUGGGGACAAAACUGACUACCAUCCCCUGAUGGACCAGUUCAUGAACGACUACGUGGAGGAGGCCAACCGGGAAAUCGAGCGCUAUAAUCGCGAACUGGAGCAGCAGGAGUUCCACGACCUCUUCGAGCGCAAGACCUAGAGUUUCCUCUGCCCGGGUCGGGCCUGAGGCCUAGAGGCCCAAAUGCUCCACCGCCUCCGCCGCCACUGCCUGCUCCGUCACCUUCUCCCAGGGAAGAGGGUGCCUUCUGCUGCCUCUGUGUGUGUGUGUGUGUGUGUGUAUAUCUGUGUGUCUUGUCUCGUAGCCACCUUCCAGACCAGAACUAAACAGCAUCACCUGCAAGGAAAGAGAUUUGGGAGAGUAGGGGUUGGGGGAAGGAUGUUUUUGGGUGGGGAGGGGGCGGCACUGAUCUCCGGGGCCUCAGAGUGGGCAGGAGCCCCAGCCGGGCCCGACGCUCCAGUGUGAAGCCUGGAGCCCCCUCUCAGCAGCCCCCGGGGUGAACUGUAUGCCCCUUUCCUUUGGGGCUGGGGGCUGAGAUGAGGAUGCCCCAGGUGGAGCGGGUCUCUUUGCCGGUGCCCGGCCGCCGGAGAGACGAGGAGGGCGGGGAUCCCCGUGAACAGGCACGAGGGACGUCUGCGCGCCCCCCCGACCCCUGACAUCCCCUCCCCUCCCUGGGGCUGCCGUCCUGAGCGGUAACGGAACCCCUUCGGGCCGCCCACCCGGAAGAGGCUAGCAUCCCUGCCACCGGUGCCGGUGGUAGGCUCCCUGGUGGGUGUCUUUGGAAGAAGAGGACCCCCAAGGACGUGGCGGGGUGGGAGAAUGGGAACCUUUGUCCUCGACCCCCGCCUCGGGAUCCUGGAGCCGAGGUGCGGAGGCAGAUGCCAGACCCCAAAACCCAAGGCCCCUCGCACCGCUUCCCCUCACAGGGCCUGCUGCGAGCGGGAGGCCGGAGUCGAACGGGAGCACCGUCCCCUGAGCUGCCCGGAGACGGGGGUGGGCAAGGUGCCCCGAGGCUAGGACGGGCAGCUUCCGUCCACCCGGGCUCCCGUCCAGGCCCCCGUCGGGCACCGGAGGGAAGGAAGGCUGCUCCAGGCGCCGAGCCUCCUUCGCCGCCGGAGUCUCGCCUUGGUCCAGGAAAAGCGAUUUCCAUCCAGACCUCGCACCGGGCCUCGGCCGAGAGCGAGUGCUGCUGGCCAGCGUGGGGCUGGACACUUCCCCAGGCCACGUGAGAGGAGCAUUGGUCAGCCCAGCCCCAAGGGAUCGGAGGGGAACACUGGGUCCCAGGCGAUGUAGUUUAGGUCUGCAGUGUGUGUGCCCGCCCCCAGACCCUCUCUUGCCCCGAUGUCAAUGCCCGGCAGGAUUUAGGCGUUAGUCUCAUGUUUGGCUUCGGGUCGACGGGCGGGCAGACGGAUGGUGGUGAGGCACCCGGAAAUGUGCUGCGGGACCCCUGGGGACUCUGCAGACGGACACGAGGUGGGCGGUGCCAGUCGGAAGGACCUGGCGUCGGGCAGAGCUCAGCGGCGGCCUCGGCCUGCCCUGAGACCCCCACCACGGAGCUGCCCACCUAGAGUAGCCGCCUGGCCCGCAAAGUCGGGCCAGAGGAGCCGAGGCGACGGAUCUCCCCGAGGGGGGUGUCGCCUCGGCUCGGAAUGACCCCCCAGUAGCUUUAAGUGCAAUCGACGCUCCUAGAUGAAGGUCCUUUAGCUAGCUCCCUUCCUCUGCUGAUCGUUUUUUUUAAGAACUCCUUUGUGCAGCCGGAUUUGGGGGUGGGGUGGGGGGCGGGAGUGGGAGGCGUUGAUUUCCGUCCACGCUUUUCCGUGGACUUCUCAAUUCAUCCAUCGAUGGAGCCCGCUUGGCUCCAGCUGCACAGAGAUUUUUUGAAAGAAAGGUUAGCACGCACCCGCACCCCCCCUCCCCCGGCAUGCUAGGCUGUAGUUUAGUUUUCGUCUUUUUCCCGGGGGCGGGGGGACCCGGGAGGUGGGAUGGAAAGACCUUUCACCAGACUGGUACUGUUUCGGUUUCGUCCCACAGCGUGGGACGGGUGGCAAUUGGAUUACCUCAGCCUUGAACGGGAAACUGUGAUUUUUUUCAAAAUGGGGGAAAAAACUGGGGUGGGAAGGGGAGAGGGCCACGGGCCCCCAGGCCCCGGGUCUGGCUGUGCCACGGCGAGGCAGCCAGCCCCCAGCGGGCACAACCAGUGUCAGUGAAAGGACUUUCCAGCUAGUCGGUCCGUGGCAGGGCCUGCUCUCCGGGAAACCCUCUGAGGGAUGAAUAUAAGAGAGGGUCUUCCUGUAGCAGUGGAGCCUGUGGGCAGGACCCGACGUGACCCAGCGUGAGAAUGCAAGUGAGGGUGACUGGGACCCCCUUCCCCUUCUCCCGGAUGGCCCGAGCCGGUCCCAUCUCCACGCUCCGACGUCAGAGAAGCCUUGGGUCGGCGUCCUCCUGGAGGGGAGGUGGGGGGGGGGGAUCUCCCCGCUUCUGCAGCAAGCCUGAGUGUGGGCCGAGCCAUAGGGCCGGCAAGUUGCUGAAGUUAUAGGGUGGGAGGGGUGGGGGGGCGGGGGGUCAAAAGUGAGGUAAACUUAAGAGGGGGCAACGGGGUCCCGGAUCGACCUGGGCCCGGGAGCCCCCCCCCCGCGAGUCUGUCGUACUCGCAGAAUUUGCACAGUGAAUAAGCUCGGAGCACCCUUCGGUGCUCCCAAAAAGGGAAAUUCGGUAACUAGUACAGAGGCUGCGAGAAGUUGAAACGACAACGGUUAAAUCCCUGGUAGGUUGGUGUCUUUAACCAGGUCAGGACCUCAAAGCGAGAAAGGGCUUGGUCCGGACGGACGGUCAGACGCUUAAAUGAGACCCUAGCUCACUGUCUAAGGUGCCAAAAUCUCCUCUGAUACUAGUUUCCAAGGAUUUACUAUUCGCAAUUUACCGUCGGCCUUGUUUUUACACACACUACUGUAACUUCAGUGCAACUGAAUGGUGUGACUGAAGCUUUUGCUCCUUGUAUUUAUUACUUGACUCGGUGCAGUAAAUGUAUUUGGUCGUCUC